CGCACGCGGGCUGAGCGUUUGCGCGAGGGUGUCGCGUCGCUCGGGCCCGUUUUCGUCAAGAUGGCGCAGACGCUGUCCACGCGGCCGGAUAUCAUCGGCGCCGAGGCGGCGGACGCGCUCAAGCCCCUGCAGGACCAGAUGACGGCGUUCCCAUCGAACGACGCGUACGAGCAGAUCCGGCGGACUUUAAAUUGGGACGGGCCGCCCAUCUACGCGGAGCUGUCGGCUACGCCGGUGGCGGCGGCUUCGAUCGGUCAGGUGUACAAGGGGAAGUUGCACACCGGCGAGCGCGUGGCGGUGAAGGUGCAACGACCUGGGGUGCUGCGGCGGAUCGCGCUGGACCUGCACAUCUCCCGCAUGGCGCUCAUCUGGCUCGAGGAAUCCGGGCUGAACGGCUCGGAGGGUUUGGCCAACAUCGUGGACAGGGUCGGCCAGGGGAUCUUCCAGGAGCUCGACUACACGCGCGAGGCGGACAACGCGGACGAUUUCCGCAGGGCGCUCAGGUUCCUCGAUUUUGUCGUCGUGCCCAGGCACCACGCGUCGCUGACCGGGCGCACGGUGCUGACGCAGGAGUGGAUCAACGGUGAGCCGAUGAAAAACCUCGGCGACGACGACCAGCUGAAGAUGGUGCAGAUGGGCGUCGAGUGCAGCAGCGCGCAGCUGUUCCGCACCGGGUUGGUCCACGCGGACCCGCACGAGGGUAAUUUACUGUACACCGACACCGGCAAGCUCGCGCUCCUGGACUUUGGCUUGGUGUGCAGGGUGAACAACGCGCAGCAGGAGGCGAUGGCGGGGUGCAUCCUCAACAUCCUGAACCGCGACUGGAUGGAUCUCAUCGAUAAUCUCCGAAUCAUCGAGAUGCUUCCCGAGACGCCCCAAACCGACGACGCGACGUUUCGAAAGGCGUUUGUCGACUGCAUGGACGGGGAGGACCCCAGCUCGAAGAAGCUGACGAACUUCACCGAGCUGGUGGUGGACCUCACGAAGCUGUCCACGCGUUGGCGGUUCAACCUUCCCCCGUACAUGGUGUUCAUCAUCCGGUCCCUUACCACCCUGGACUUCUGCGCGGUUCGCACGGGCGCCAAC